AUGGGGGCUCUAUGCACGGGUCACUGGGGGAGGGAGGCCUGGGAGCCCCCUAUUCCAGCUGGGGAGCGCCCAGCCCCCAGGAGCCCGCUGCCCCUCCCCUCGCAGGACGCCGCGCGCAGCAGGAGGCGGAGGAGGGCGCUGCUGCACGCCUCGCUCUGCGCCUCUCCCGGCUGCGGGGCCGCCAUGUCUCCGCUGCGCUGGGGCGCUUGGCUGCUGCUGCUCGCCGGCCCCGCAGCCUCCACCGCCAGCCCGGCAGACGAGAGCGGCGGGGCGCGGGGAGGGGGCCGAGGGGACGGGGAACGCGGGGCCCGGGACGAGCCGCAGCGGCAGCACCACGACUCCUCGUACGGCACCUUCGCCAGCGAGUUCUACGACCUGCGCUACCUCUCCGAGGAGGGUUACCCUUUCCCUACUGCUCCUCCUGUGGAUCCAUUUGCAAAAAUUAGAGUGGAUGAUUGUGGAAAAACCAAGGGAUGCUUUAGGUAUGGUAAACCUGGAUGUAAUGCCGAGACUUGUGACUAUUUUCUCAGUUAUCGUAGAAUAGGAGCUGAUGUAGAGUUCGAGUUGAGUGCUGACACUGAUGGCUGGGUGGCAGUAGGAUUUUCUUCAGACAAGAAAAUGGGCGGAGAUGAUGUCAUGGCUUGUGUUCAUGAUGAUAAUGGAAGGGUCCGAAUACAGCACUUUUAUAAUGUUGGUCAGUGGGCUAAAGAGAUCCAGCGAAAUCCAGCUAGAGAUGAAGAAGGGAUUUUUGAAAACAACCGUGUGACUUGUCGAUUUAAACGUCCUGUGUAUGUUCCCAGAGAUGAAACUAUUGUAGAUCUUCACUUGAGCUGGUACUAUUUGUUUGCUUGGGGUCCAGCAAUUCAGGGUUCUAUAACUCGGCAUGACAUAGACUCACCGCCUGUAUCAGAGCGUGUUGUCAGUAUUUACAAGUAUGAAGACAUUUUUAUGCCAUCAGCUGCCUAUCAAACCUUUUCUUCUCCAUUCUGUUUGCUUCUUAUUGUUGCACUGACCUUUUAUUUAUUGAUGGGAACCCCAUGA